GGAAGCAAAAGGCUUUGAAGAGAAGAAUCUAAGAGUGUUAAAGCAGCACCGUCGAUGGAUUUUGAUGCAGCAGCCAGGUUGGCUCAAAAUAGAGGCCAUUGGAACCACCUGGAUUUGCUUCUCCGACGCAAAAAUACUUGAUAGUGGAAAUGGAAAAGAAUGGCUCGAAACGCAGCGUUUUAGUCCAAGCAGAGGGAAUGGGGGGUAUUAUGGUCAUUUGGUUAAAUAUAUUGGUAAAGAUUGCGUAACUGCAACGUUAGCGGAUUUGAUUGGCACAACCGGAAAAAGAAAAAAAAAAUUGAAAAUGGAGAAGUGGAGAGCUACAAGCAAUCUCCGGCGAUCAUUGAAAUCGGUUCUCAACCGUCGAUUAAGUCCUGGUUCAGAUUUUACGUAUUUCAAUGAAAAGAGGAGUUUUCCGGCGCGAUUCAAUCCGAUCAGAGAUCAGAGAAGUCUCCGAGAAGCGAAUGCGAUUCAGUACAGAUAUUUCAGUUCAGUGUCGACGCUUGUUCAAAGAAAUCCUUCAUUUUCGACCUUAAAUUCCGAUGACAUCAGUUACUUUAAGCGGUUACUAGGAGAGAAAAAUGUUAUUCAAGAUGAGGAUAGGCUUGAAACUGCAAAUACGGAUUGGAUGCACAAAUACAAAGGCUCCAGUAAGCUUUUGCUUCAGCCUCGAAGUACUGAGGAGGUAUCACAGAUUCUUAAAUAUUGUAACUCAAGGUGUUUGGCUGUUGUUCCCCAAGGGGGAAAUACUGGUCUUGUUGGUGGGAGUGUGCCUGUUUUUGAUGAGGUGCAAAAGGAAGCUGUCAAAUUGGUGGAAAUGUUUCAACUAAUGCUGGUGGUUUGCGUCUUGUACGUUAUGGUUCACUUCACGGGAAUGUACUUGGUAAGAAAUCUGCUUGUUGAUUGGACUUCGAAUUUCAAUGUUUGGACAUUUAUUUUCUUCAAUUUCCCCCUUUUUGGCCCCUUAAUUCCUGCAGUAUAAACGUACAGAAGGUGGGUCUGCCAAUCAGAAAGGAAAAAUGAAAAAGAGCCUGCUUAGUUAUGCAUACAUCUGCUAAUAGGAAAAUAUUACGGUGUUGCAU